UUUUCCGCUGCGUAUUUCUUUGAGGGAAAUGACAAUUAACAACUUCGCAAUUGAAUAUGAUGCCAUAAACAGCGAAAACACCUUCACAAAUGGAGAUACCGUGAAUGGGAGAAUAAUCGUAGAGGCUUCUAAGGAAACCAGAAUCCAAUCGCUUGUUUUUAUAGCAAUAGGAGAAGCUCGGGUCAGAUGGAGUGAACAUUACGGACAAUAUCAUACUGUAGUGUACUGGGCCAAUGAGAAAUAUUACGAUGUCAAACAACAUAUCUUGAGAGAGGCAAGACAAGACGGCAGCGAGUUCAUUGGUAAAGGAAGACAUGCAUUUCCUUUCGCCUUCAAGAUUCCUGAAAGGAAAAUGCCAUCAUCUUUCAAAGCCUGCAAAGGCAAAAUUGUUCAUAAAUUGAAGGCAGAGCUUAAACAAUCAAUGAAGCUGAAAAAAAAGGCAAAAACCCACUUUACAUUUGUGUCCAAAGCAGACAUGGAUAUUCCCAGACUCAUGAAUCCUCAGCAUGGGCGUAAGGAUAAAUCUGUCAAAGUCUUCGGCUCUGGAAACAUUUCAAUGGAUGUUCACACCAAGCGGAUGGGAUACAAGCAAGGCGAGGCUCUCCAAGUCACAGUGGAAGUCAGCAACCACUCAACCCGUUCAGUGAAGCCCAAAUUCAUACUGUAUGAGAAGACGAGUUUCUUUGCCCAGGGCCAAAGGAGAGUUUCCACAAAUAAUAUCCUUAAGCAGAAGAUUGAGUCUAUUGCAUCUGGGAAAGAGACUGUGACCAAGGUGAUCACCAUCCCCAGGGAACUACCUCCCUCCAUCUUGAACUGCUCCAUCCUCAAGCAUGAGUACAGGCUGAAGAUCCAUCUAAAUCUCAAAUAUGCUGCGAAUCCAGAGAUCAAGCUCCCUAUAGUCAUCCUACCUUCCUCUGAGGUCCCCGCUAUACAACAACCACCUGCUGCUGCUGCUGCUUUUGGAUUUGAAGCGUUUGGGGACCAGGACCAAGGACCCUGGAGCAUGAAGCCUCAACCACAACCAGCACCCCAAGCUGAGGAUCCCCCGCCUCCCUAUGGAGCACAUGCAAUGUACCCUCCUAGCAACUAUUCAAGUGCACUGUAAAUACGUCACAGAUAUGGCCGUGCAUUCAUUUAACAUUGGUAGAUGCAAGAUGGAAUAAAGCUGAUUCUGAUUCUGA